UUCGGCUCUCAAUUAACUCGACUGACUGUUCGCAAGGAGCUCUGGGCAGUUCUGGGAAAGUGUGGAGCUGAUUUGCAGCAGCAGCAAGUGAGCCCGCCCACCAUCGGAUUUGAUGCAUUUGAUUUCUAUGACACUGGCUGCCGGCUACCAGAGAGGGGAGGGAGCUGCUGCUGUUGCUACUGUUGCACUCCUGUGCCAGCACCUUACAUAGAGCCCUACUUCCCUUCUCCUUCCAGCGCGGUUCCCACUUCCAUAGCUGUGGAUCUGUUUAAGAUCAGGAGCGCUGAGGCACUACAAGAGGCACGCGCAUCAGUGAGCUGCCGGUCGGAAGCGCCGCAGCAGGGAGGAGGCACGCGCAUCCAAAUAGGCAAAGUCUCCCCCUCUUGAACACAACUGGAGGUCCGCAGCAGGAAGGCUCCCAGGCAGAUCAGCACCAGCAGAGAAGAAGGGGGGCGGUGCUGAGAGGCAGGAUUUUUUACCCCAGAAGCAGCCACGUGUCAGCUGACGUUGGCGCUGCUUGGGGGUCACGUGGGGGAAUGAUCGUGGGGCCAGCAGGCGACUGAGGACCCGGAGCUCGUUGCCUAAGGGGCUGGCAAGUGAUCUGCGGCUUUUCCCAGCAGCGCGAGCCGCAGAUCACAGAAGAAAAGAAAAGUGCCUUGAAAUCCGACACGGGUUGACUAUGGCCUUAAAGGAGAUUUCAAGCAACAAGUGUUUUGAGGGAUUCCAAAAGGUGUUUGAACAUGACAGCACUGAACUGAAAUGCAAGAUGAAGUUUGGAAUUUAUUUGCCUCAGAAAGCUGAAAGCAUAAAAUGUCCAGUUAUUUACUGGCUUUCAGGAUUAACAUGUACGGAGCAAAACUUUAUCACAAAAGCAGCUUUUCAUCAAGCUGCCUCUGAGCAUGGACUUAUCAUAGUAGCACCAGAUACCAGCCCACGUGGCUGCAACAUAGAUGGAGAAGAGGAGAGCUGGGAUUUUGGUACAGGAGCUGGAUUCUAUGUCAAUGCCACUGAAGAUCUUUGGAAAACAAACUACAGAAUGUAUUCAUACAUAGUAGAUGAGCUUCCACAUCUUAUAAAUGGUAAUUUCCCAACAAAUCCAGAUCGGGUUUCCAUUUUUGGCCAUUCCAUGGGAGGGCAUGGUGCAUUAAUCUGUGCGCUGAAAAACCCAGGGAAAUAUAAGACCGUGUCAGCAUUCGCACCCAUCUGUAAUCCUACUCAGUGCCCAUGGGGCCAAAAAGCAUUCAGUGGCUACCUGGGACCAGACACCAGCAAAUGGGAGGCAUAUGAUGCAACCCAACUGGUGAAGAAUUACUCUGGCCCAAAACUAGAUAUAUUAAUAGAUCAAGGAAAAGAUGACCAGUUCCUCGCUGCCGGCCAGUUACUGCCAGACAAUUUUAUUGCCGCUUGCACCGAGCGCAACAUCCCUGUUGUUUUUAGGCUGCAAGAGGGAUACGAUCACAGCUACUUUUUUAUCACCACUUUCAUAAAUGAUCACAUCAAGCACCAUGUGAAAUACCUUCAUGUCUGAGAUGGGGGAAUGAUAAAGCACCAGGUCAAGGUUUGCAUUGAAAGCAGAACAGCCGGGCUGCAGUUAAAAUCUGCCAUGCAAUUAAAUUGCCAUUUAGUACAAUGAA